UACCUACAUAUAUUGACAUUUUGACGUAUAACCUAAAAACUUUUGUAGUUCUUUAUACCAUGUGAUUUUCAUCAAAAGUAAAAAUGGUACGACAUAAUAAUCAAUUACCGCAUAAUUUACCCCAACUACAAAAUUUAAUAAAAAGAGAUCCCAUCUCUUACAAAGAAGAAUUUCUUCAACAAUACCAGCACUUUCAAAACACAGUGGAAGUUUUUGAGUUUUCCCCACAACUUCCCAACAAAACCUUGGAAGAAUCUUCGAUGUUCAUCGCGCAAGUCGCUCAAUGUUAUCCCGAAGAAUUAAGAAACUUUCCCCAACAACUUAUCUCUUUAUUAGAAAAACAUGGCACUGUUUUGGAUAGUCAGGUUCGAAUGCAAAUUUGUAAAGCGUUGAUUUUAUUGAGAAACAAGUUUUUAUUGGAAGCAAUUGAUGUAUUUACUAUAUUUUUUAAGCUAUUGCAUUGCCAAGAUAAGGCAUUGAGAUCAUUUUUAGAAACCCAUAUCAUAACAGAUAUUAAAAAUACUAAUGCAAAGAAGAAAAAUGCUAAAUUAAACACUGCUCUACAGAAUUUUAUGUUUACAAUGUUAAAAGAUUCAAAUACAAAAGCGGCUAAAAUGUCCAUUGAUAUUAUGAUUGAGUUAUACAAAAAGAAUGUUUGGAACGAUACAAAAACGGUUAACGUUUUAGCUUCUGCAUGUUUUUCUAAAAUCACUAAAGUUAUGGUUGCAUGUUUAAAGUUUUUUCUUGGAAAAGAUGAAGAAGAAAAAUCAGAUGAUUCCGAUUCGGAAGAAGAAAUAAACCCAAAAGAAGUCAUGAUGGCGAAUAAAUUUAAUAAAAAAACUCGAAAGCGUGGUAAACAACUUGAUAAAGUCAAAAAACUCGCUGUAAAACAAAAAAAGAAGAAAAGUCGAGCCCCAAUUUUUAAUUUUUCAGCUUUAAUGUUAGUUCAUGACCCUCAAGGGAUGGCAGAAAAAUUAUUUAAACAAUUAGAAUCAUCAAAUCAACGUUUUGAGGUUAAAUUAAUGAUGUUAGAUGUUAUUUCUAGACUAAUAGGUCUCCAUAAUUUAUUUUUAUUGAAUUAUUACCCAUAUUUACAAAGAUUUAUGCAACCACAUCAACGAGAAGUAACAAGAAUCCUUCAAUUCGCCGCACAAGCCACUCAUAGUUUAGUUCCCCCUGAUGUUUUAGAACCACUUCUAAAAACGAUUGCAAAUAAUUUCAUAACAGAAAGAAAUUCUUCUGAUGUUAUGGCAAUUGGAUUAAACGCAGUCAGAGAGAUUUGUGCGCGAUGUUUAUUUGCUAUGAAUGAGGAUUUAUUACAAGAUUUAAUUCAAUAUCGAGUAUAUAAAGAACGCUCCGUCAUGAUGGCCGCCGCCUCUUUAUUACAAUUAUAUAAAUUAAAUAAACCAGAAAUGUUACGAAAAAAAGAUAGAGGGAGACCAACAGAAGCCAUUGGAGAAUUAGUUCCAACGAGUUAUGGAGAAAUUAACGUCAAAGAUUACGUCCCAGGGGCUGAGGUGCUUUUAUUAGAAGAUAAAAAAGGGGAUGAUAUUGAAAUUAAUUCAGAUUCAGACUCAAAUGAUGAUGAAUGGGUGGAUGUUAAUGGUUCUGAUGAUGAAAUUGGAGAAGAAGAAGACUCAGAUGAUGAUUUAGACGAAAAUAAUGGUGAUGAUGAUGAUGAAAAAGUUGUAAAAGAUGCGAAAAGUGUUAAUAAGAAAUUAACAAAAGAAGAAAUUUUGAAUCGAAAAAAAGAAAUGGCACAAAAAGCCACUUUAGAAAGGAUUUUAACAGACGAAGACUUCAAACGAAUUGAAAUUGCUAAUAUUCGCAAACAAAUUCAACCAACUUCAAAAGGAUUAAAAAGAAAAUUAGAAGAAACGGGAACCGAAUCAUCAGAUUUGGUAAAAUUGGGUGACAUUGAAAAUAUUUAUAAGAAACGAAAACACGAUAAACAAGCAAGAAUUGACAGUGUUAGGGCAGGACAACAAGGGCGUGAAAAAUAUGGAUAUAAAGAUAAUCGGUUGAAUAUUCAUUGUUCAAAAACUAAUCGCGAAAAAAGGAAAACCAAGAACUUUAUGAUGGUUAAACAUAAAAGUAAAGCGAAGGUCAAGAGGAGUUUUAAAGAUAAACAAAUUGCGUUAAGAAAUCAUUUAUUAAAAGUUAAAAGAAUGAAAUGAUGUUGUG